CGUCAACAAUCAAAAUCAUCAACGAAUCAUGAGUUUAAAGGCAGAGGAGUCAGUGGACUUGAAAGCUCAAGUGAAAGAACGUGGUUAUGAAAUUGAUCUCUUGAAUGCAUUCAUAAAUCGAGACCCCACCCUUCUGUCAGACGCGGUAAUUGUCCAUGGCUACAAGUCCGUUGGGAAGACCCUCACGGUGACAAGUUUCUUGGAUGCGUUAAACGUGAAAUAUUCCCGCAUAAACUGUGACGAAUGUGUGUCCAAGAAGAUUCUAUUGCAACGUUGUUUUAACAGGAUCAGGAAAGACUCGGGUGUUCAGUUUGCCGAAGGUUUUUCUAAAGCUGACUACUUGAGGUAUGGAAGACUUGGUGAGAAUUUCAGUACUUUUAUAUCGGCAUUGGAACAGUUCAUAAGAGAGACUGAGUAUAGUGAACACCAUGUUCUUAUUCUUGAUCGUUUCGACCAAUGUAUGGAGGCAACUGACGAGUUAUUUGCUUCAUUUUUGAAAUUGAGAGAACAGUCAAUGAUUCCAAACAUAACUAUAGUGGUUAUUAUCAGUGGUGAUGACCCUAGAGAAGUAGCAACGUUGGCUACGCCACAUAUUUAUUUCCGUGCAUACACUGAGGAUCAAGUGAUUCGAAUUUUACAGGAAACUCCGUUGUGCAAGUUCAACAUGGAGGAUCUUGAUGGCACUACUGCAGGCUACGAAUUUUGGUGUCAAUAUGUCAAGGUGAUUGUUGAUUUGUUCUUUCAAUACUGCGGAUCGGACAUGACUAUACUCAAAGAUAUUAGUAUGAGAUUAUGGGAUAGAUUUAUUGAACCAGUCAAGAGCGGUGAAUUAAAAGUGACGGAGUUUGUCAAAGUCUAUAAGCAGAAUGUUGACCUUUUCACUAGUGAUAACAUAAUAAGUAAUUCAGCAGUUAGGGACUUCAAGACUUUGGAAGAAGAGAAACAAAUUGAGAAUGGUAAUGUUGAAGAUUUGCCCUUGCACUCCAAAUUCUUUUUACUUGCAUCGUAUUUAGCUUCAUACAUUGAGCAACGGAAUGAUUUACAAAAGUUUUCCAAAGUAAAGGGGGUCAAAUACAAGAAAAGGGCAAGUACUACUGUAUCCAAAAGAGGGCAUCUUUUGAAAGAAGAUAUCGACACGCGUUUGUUAUCGCCCAAUUUUGUUGACCUUGAAAGAAUAUUGGCUAUAUUAUCUGUAAUUUACCGAAACUAUGCACCAAGCUUGAACAGAUCAGAUAAAGAUGAGUUAUUGUACAUCGAUGAUGAAAUUAUCGUGAAUGAGGAAAAGAAGGAGAUUGAAAAGGCGAAAUUCACACUAACCAGCAACAUCGAUUUGAACAAUCAGAUUGCCACUUUGUUUUCAUUAGGAUUAUUAAGUAAAUCAGCAUCGUCGGAUAUUUUGGGAGCUAGAUUGAGAUGGAAAUGUAACAUUAACUGGCCUACGGCAGAAGGACUCGCAAAGCUAUUGAAUUUCCCAAUAGCUGAGUUCUUGAAUGAUAAUUAAUUUUGUAUAAAUACAUAAUAAUACAGUUUAUUCGUUAAAUUCUAUCAAAGAAAUGUGCUGGAAAUCCAGCUGUCCAACUUUUCGUACUUCUACUCGAUUUUCAAAGUAUGAGUCUUUCCAAUGUUUCAUCUCGUAAGUUGAAUAUGGGCCAUUAACAUUUGCAUCGUCCUCCCAUCGAAAUUCCCAUAUUUUCUCUCCAUAAUCUUCAGUUUCUUCGUCACUUUCAUGAAAUCGUUUAGUGCCUCGUUUGUAGUCUUCUCCUGUUUCAUUUCUGUACUUUCUCAUCAACUCUUCUCUGGUUAAGUCAUAAGUAUCAGCCAAGUACUUGUCAUUUAUAAGAAUGUCGCAUAGAUCAGUAACCUGGAUGAUUUUCUGUUGAUUUUCCUGAGGAAUUGUCUUGUUUUUCUUUUUCACGUUCAAUCUGGCAAGAGCUUCCAAGGGGGUUUCAGCUGGCUCUAGCAAUUCAAUAAGGCUUGCUAGCAAUGAUUCAAUAGGUUCCAUAUUGAUGUUCUUGUUCAUUAAUUUCUCUGCCUCUCGUUUUUCCCGUUGUUCUUGAGCCAAUUGGGCAUUCUUUAUAUCUGAUUUUUUAAAAUCGUUAAGCCAUAAGUCAUCGCCAGUGAUUGCUUCUUCUUUAUUAGCUACAUAAUUUCCUUCUUUAUCGAAAUGACCUUCAUUUGAUUCCUCGUCAAGAUUGAAUGCUUCUAUUUUGGGAGCAGAUUGAGUUUCGCUGUCUUGUUCAUCAUCAUCAUCUUCUUCUUCUUCUUCUUCGUCAGUGAGUCCUAGUGCGUAGACUCGGUUGGCAGAAUCUUGAAAUUGAACUUGUUUAACUGCUGAUUCAUCAUCACUGGCAAACAUGUCAUCCUCCUCAUCAUGCUCGCCAUUCGCCACGUCUUCCUCUCCACUUGCAAACAUGUCAUCCUCUUGCACUUGCUUGCUUUGCUGGUUGUCCUCUAGUUCUUCCUCCACAUUGUCUUCCUCUGACGAAUCGGAAUCGUAAUUCAAGCGAACAUCGUUCCUAUGCUUCUCCUUAUACUUUCGACUAUUCCCUAGUAUGACUUCUUGUUCUUCAAGCUCGUCAUUGCUUUCAGUGCCAUUCAUAUCUGAAUU